AUGUCGGGCGGGAGCACCUCCGCGGCCCAUCCCGAAGGGCUGCACGGGCAGGCCCCUCCGUUGCCCGCGGGGAGCACGGAGGAUGGGGCGGCCGCGGCCCGGCCGGGGGGCGCCCCCGCCUCGCCGGAGGAGGAGGAGGCCGAGAGCGGGGAGAGCGGCGACGGCGGGAGCCGAGGCUCGUCGUACUUCUCCGGCAGCGGCAGCGACGAUGAUGACCUUGAGGCUGAAUGGUCGGACAGUGUGCAGAAAUACGGGGAGCUAUUUUAUCUAGAGCUGAGUGACAGUGAAGAAGAAAGUCUCCUCCCAGAAGCGCCGGCUGUGAACCAUGUGAGGUUCAGUGAAAAUAAAAUCAUCUUUGAUGAGGAUUAUCUCAGAGAAGGAAGAAAAUAUGAACCCAGACUCAAGAAGUUUUCCAAAAUUUUGAAAAGCCGAAGACUUUUGCCAAAGCGUUACAAUAAAAAAAACAGCAGUGCACCAGUAUCAAUCCUAAAGCAUCAGCCCACUCAGAAAAUGGGCAUCAUCCUUCAGCAGCAGUACAAGGACGUAUCUGUCUUUGUAAACCCCAAAAACGCAACAGUCAUAAAAGCAAAAGAGCAUCUCAAGCUUCUGGAAGUGUUGUUGGGAAUCAUUCACCAGUCUAAAUGGAGGAGAAAAGCCGAAGGCGCCAACAGAGCGAAACUCGUAGUACACGGCUUACUCCCAGGAGGCCCAGCCAUGAAGAGUGGCCAAGUGCUGAUCGGUGAUACCCUUGCCGCUGUAAACGACGUAGAUGUGACCUCAGAAAACAUAGAGAGAGUUUUAUCUUGCAUUCCAGGCCCUAUGCAGGUGAAACUGACAUUUGAAAUUGCAAACUCGGGGCAAAAAGAAACCAUUCAACCCAAACAGAAGAAGGCCCAGACAACGGGUAGUGAUUUAGUCAGACUCCUCUGGGGUGAAGAGGUCCAGAAUCUUCAGCAGAAUCUCCAAAGCACCCCUCACAUCAUCAUGUAUCUCACUCUCCAGCUGGACUCUGAGACAUCGAAGGAAGAGCAGGAAAUUCUUUACCAUUACCCAACAUCUGAAGCAUCUCAGAAACUUAAAAGUGUAAGAGGAAUAUUUCUAACCCUCUGUGACAUGCUGGAAAAUGUAGCUGGGACACAUGUUACCAGCUCAUCACUUUCUUUAAAUGAAAAACUAGUACAUGUGGCUUACUGGAAAGAAGAUGACAAAUUGUUAUUAAUUGGACUUCCUGCUGAAGAAGUUCCCCUUCCUCAACUAAGGAAUAUGAUAGAAGAUGUUGCCCAAAUCUUAAAGUUUAUGUAUGGUUCUUUAAAUAGCGCGUUCUGCGAGGUGGAAAACACCGCUCGGUUGGAUCAUUUUUUCAACUUGUUCUUCCAAAGAGCGAUUCAGCCUGAAAAGCUUUACUCCAGGACCAGCCCUCAGCCCUAUGAUGCCUCCAGCUCACUGUUUGUCGACACUCUCCCCGGCGUUCAAUGGCUCACACUUCCUCAAGAAACCCAGAUGGAAAUCGACAUGGCAUUAAGUGAUCUGGAGGCGGCAGACUUUGCAGAACUGUCUGAAGAUUACUACGACAUGAGGCGCUUGUACACAAUAUUGGGAUGUUCUCUAUUUUACAAGGGCUAUUUGGUUUGCAGUCACUUGCCCAAGGAUGACCUGAUUGACAUCGCCAUGUAUUGCCGGCAUUAUUGCCUGCCCCCGUUAGUCUCAGAGCAAAGGAUCGGUCACCUGGUCAUAUGGAGAGAAGUGUUCCGCCGGCACCCCCUUCGGCCCACUUCUGAACCAGAUGCCCAAGUCUUUCGGGAGCCCGAGGGAAGAUAUUUUUUAUUAAUCGUUGGUUUGAAGCAUUUUUUGCUGUGUGUGCUGCUAGAGGCUGGAGGAUGCGCGUCCAAAGCCAUUGGGCAUCCAGGCCCAGAUUGCAUCUAUGUGGACCAGGCCAAAGCCACUCUCCUUCAGUUGGAGGGAGUAGAGGCCAGCCUAGAUGAGAGGCUGGCCUCUCCUUCAAACCCCUGCUUGUCUAGUGCGGACUGGUUCCUUCCCUCCUCCCGAGAUAAACUGGAAAGCUUGACCUCCUCCCCUCUCCUCACCAAGCUGCAGCACACGUCUAGGGCCAUUACGUCUCCUUCCAGCCGAAGAAGGCUGUUUAGUGACUACUCUCUAAAGACACGUAAGCUCAGUCCUUCCAGGGGCAGUGGAGGCUCUGACAAUGGUGUGGAAGGCGCUGGGGAAGGCAGUGGCCCCAGCCCACACACGACCCCGGAUCCACUCCGAAAGCAGGGAGCGAAGGAAGCUCAGAGUCCUGGGGGCGCGCAAGCCAGCGGUGCCUUGCUCAAGGCCACUAAAAAGAAAGCUACUCUUCCAAAUCCUUUUCAUUUAGGAAGGUUGAAAAAGGACCUUUCAGAAAAAGAAAUGGAACUGUUUGAUGCCAUGAAGUUGACAUCUGGCACUGAGAAUACACUUUUUCACUACGUUGCCUUAGAAACAGUGCAAGGAAUCUUUGUUACUCCAACUCAUGAAGAAGUAGCGCAGCUCCAUGGUUCUAUCCACCCUCAACUAAUAAGGAAUUUCCAUCGCUGCUGUCUUUCUAUUCGUACAAUCUUCCAGCAGUCCUUGAAAUGUGAGAAGAAGAAGGCCCUUAACGUUGAAGGCAAUCCCCGGUCUGCUCAUGCUGCAUCCUUCCUCAGUCCUGUGAAAGAACAUGGCGUGUUGUUUGAAUGUUCCCCUGAAAACUGGACAGAUCAGAAAAAACCGCCUCCAGUCAUGGCUUACUGGGUUGUAGGGAGACUCUUCUUAGAGCCCAAGCCUCAAGAACUCUACGUGUGUUUUCACGACUCGGUCACUGAAAUUGCCAUCGAGCUGGCAUUUAAACUGUCCUUUGGCUUGGCCACGUAAUGCACCUUCCUGGUCACCCAGGGACGCUGCGGAGCAUGCAUCAUUAGAAACACUGAAACCCACCCGGAAGUCACUGGCCACUCUCAUGAAAUGCAGCCUACCCUCCUUGGUCGGACUGGACUCUCGGAAGGAUACCUUGUGUGUACAGGAAGAUGGAGUUGUUCAUUUAUUGUCAUUAUGUUGUAAGUCAUUUUGCUAAACGAGUUGGUUUGUUGUAUAUUUUGAAAUAAUGUGUACAAAUUUUAAUAUUGAAUUGCCUUCUGGAAGAACAUAUCAUGGAAAACAUCCAAAAUCGUAGUGUAUUUGUUUUGUGGCUCAUAUUGAUGGGAAGGGUUCAAGAGAAGGAGCCAGGUGGCCUGUGCUGUGGUCCUGGCUUUGCCCCCAGCAGUAAGUAGCAGGCCUCCCAACAAGGGACCCAGAGAGGCUGUUAUCGUGAGAGUAAAUCUCAGGAUUGAGUUCAGUGGAUUCUAAUGUGCCUUCCAGCUCCAGUUUUCAAUGGCUCUGUUUUCCCAUCAUCUUGAAUAUUGGUCAUUUCCAUCCAGUCUUUGUCAUGAUGCAAGUAUUGAAACCUCAGCAGGUCUAAUCUCCUUUCCCCUGCAGUCAGGAAAUGGUCAGAGCGAUGUCACAUGUAGCACUCGCCUCUUCAGCCAUUGGGCUUAAUGAACUGGCUGCUCAGGAGCAGAUUUCUUCUGUUUCCUGAGAUAAAAUAUCAAUGUAUCCUGUUUUCACACAAUCAACACAUUCCUAAAAAGCCAAUCAGCUUUCUGAAAACCAAAUUCUUUAUUACAUCCAGUAUGAUUCCCAUUUAUAGGAACCUUUUGGUGAAUCCCAUUGAUAAAAUUAACCCCAUUGGUAAAAAUCAUCCACCCUUGAUUCAUCGGUUGUGCAAGUUUGCAUUUGGGUUUUCUUUAAUUAAGACGUUCUUAAAAUAUUUUAGGAUUCAUCUUACCCUUUAGUAGAAAAGAGUAUUAAGAAAUCUUGAUGCUAGGAGAAUUCCCCCCAGAUGAGAAAGCCUUGUGUGAGGCAGUGGAGGGGCCUGGCAAAGGUGGCAGCCCUAUGUGGCGGUGUGGCCUGUGUGUAGCCCCCUGGGGGCUCAGGGAGGGCCUCCAGGUGUGUUUCCUCACAGCCUGGGACUGGAGAAGGCCUACCAAGACCCCCAAACUGGACUCUGUAUCUCCAGCAGCCCCACCUCACCCUGCUCCACCUCUAGAACCUUAGGUUGGGAGAUUUUAUUGCUAGGAGCAAAGCUUAGAGAUUAUCCACUUUAUUCAUGCAUUCAGAUUAUUUCAUGUAUCUCACGUAUUGUAUUUGCGCUCUUAGCACCUGGGACAUAGAGGGAUCUUGAUACAUGCUUGUCAGUGUGUUGACUGAGGAAGGCUGACACUCAUAGAGGGUUAAGUAAGUUGUCUGAUGCCACUAGCUGGCAGAUGUCAGGGUCAAGGUCCUUCCUUCAGAGGAAUGCAUUGUCUGCACCAUGCUGUGUGCCACGGAGCUGUAGAUGAGAGCCAGGCAGAAUCCUCCCCUCUGCCCCCAGAGCUGAGACCAGAGAUGCAUGAACUUCACCAGGCAUUUUGAACUAACUGCAGCAUUGGGCCACGGGAAAGGGUCUCGUAGAGGGAGAGCCCUGGGCGUGGAGGCAGAAGAGAUAUGAAUUACCCACACUCACAAACACGCGGCCACUUAAUCGCCCCGUAUAACCAUGGGCAGUAUCACUUUGAGCCUGUUUCCUCUUCUCUAAAACUGGGGUAACAAUCCCUUUGCCAUUUACCUCUCUGGGCAGUCAUGAGCAUCGAGUGAAAUCAUAUUUGUAAAGGGUUUUCUACCCUGCAGAGACUAAAUAAAGGUGAACAGUUAUCAUUCUAAUUGUAUCUGUGAGAAUACUUUUUGAAAAAAAAAUUUUAUUUAACGAAAUUUUGUUCUUCACAACGGCUUUUGGAAACAGAAAGAAAAAAAGUAUCCCUGUUUGCAUCCAGGUGCAGCCCAGUAUGUGAGGGCACCUUUAAAAACACAGCUGGCAUCUUUUUGGGUUUUGAUUCCAAAUGGCCAAUGAAAGGGCUCCUCUCUGAGAUCCCUGCCCUGCGGAUGGCUGCCUGCAUUUACCCCUGAAACCAAGAACCUUUGACAGUCAAAGCCAGGCUGCCGCUAUGGUUAACCCAGCACUUUAUUCAAAGAGAAAAAGGGUCAGUUUGUCAGUGUACAUUCUAGCUGAAAAAAAGAGACACGUGAUUCCUUUGGGCAAUGUGAAAACAUUCUCAGACUGAGAUAUUCCAUACCCCAGCAGGUCCUUGGACCUCCAAGGAGGUGACUGCAUAUAAAUGCACUGCAGAACAUUCUUUUUUUAACUCAUAGCUUUACAUACGAGGUACCGCUGAGCAUAGAUGAGGAUUUUUCCAUCCAAGAAUAGCAAUUACUUUAUGUCUUUAUCCUACGUCUCUGAACUACUCCCUGGAAAGUCAUGAGCCCUGAACCACACAGGUCCUUGCUUUUCAUUUGGGCUUUGGAAAGACUGAUAAAUAUGUAGGAGCCUAGAAAUGAGCCCAUCCUAGAGCAACGCAGAAGAGGAACGAGGCCGCGCUUACAAGUUGGUACCAUCGCUUUGGCGGUUACAGCACACACAGGGGUGGUUAAUCACUUGUUUGUCACUGAUGUAAGGGUCUCUGGCUCCAUGGACCCUGGUGAAGAUUCAAAGAGUCAGGCCAACUGGAUUUCUUGUGCCACCAAAAGAUGUAAACAAGUGAAGGACUGUUUCUCUUUUAUCCUUAGUACCUACAAAUGAUGUGGAAUGUAACCAUCAGGUAAACUUUUCAAAAAUAAAAAACAUAAUAGUUUUGAUAUUUUCAUGUAUAUUUAAUAGAAAAGUGGCAUUUUGAAGAAGUUAUAAAUUGUUACCUCUAAAACAUGUCUUUCUGUGUGUGAAGUAACUUAAUUUUGCAUAGCUCUAUUUCUCUAACCUGUAUGAAAGGCUAUUUUUAUAUUUUCUCAAUUGUUUUUAAU